AUGGAUAUGUCAAGAUUCUAGAGUGAUUUAAAAUAUGUAAAUUAGAUAGGAGCAACUCUAAAUAUUGAAGAAAAAAUGAAAUUAGAACUUGCUCUUUUAAAAUUAUCUGAAACAGAAAAUUUUGAUUAAGUAUUAUUUUGGGGAAAAGUAUAUGGUUUAAAAAUGGAUUAUUAUGUAAUAUUUGGAAUAAAUUUUAGAGGAAAAUAUGAUUUUCCAACCAAGAAAUUUUAUUGGGCAAAAUCAGAUACAUAUGAAUUUAAUGAAUUACCAGAGCCUAAUUUAUAAUUUUAAUAUGAAGUAGAAUCAAUAAGAACUUAGUUUACAGGAAAUCAUAAAUAAGAAUUAAUUCCAGCUUAAAAUAAUGAUGAUAAUAAUUAUCAAAACGAAGAUGAGAUAAGAAUAAAAAAUAAAUCUUUUACAGAAUUAGAUCGUUUAUCAUAUUUAGUAUAUACGAUAGAAAACGAUUGCGCUUUGUAUCCUGUAGGAGCAUUGAAAAUAACACCAACACAUGAAUUAAGACAAAAUUAAUCAUUUAAAGGAAUAACUUUAAACUAAUUAACCGAUCAAUCUAAAUAUUAACAUUUCAGAAGUCCUUAAUCUGAAGAAAAAUAAAAUUUUAUAGCUAGAGAUGAUGCAUUAUUCUAAUUUGAUUUUCUUGACCCUAUAAGUGAAGAUUAACCUAAAGGUUGUUGGUCUUUAUAAUUAGAUUAAUUAAAAACUGCAGUAACAUUAAGAUCUUUAGUAUGGUAAGGUUUUGUCGGUUAUCAUAGAGCUAAUUCAUAAAUAUUUGGAUAUUGUUAUAUUGGUUAUGGAAUUAAAAACGUUGAUUUACCUUUUUUAUUAUGA